AUCUCACCUACCCUUUUUAGUAAAUUCUUCAAACUCUAAAACCCUACCACACACUGCUAAAACCUUCCCAAAAAAAACACUCGCCGGAGACUUUAGCUUUCGUCCAUCCCCGCCGGAAUCUACCUUUUACCGACGACCAUCACCAUGAACUCCACUUUAACUAUCGGUUCAUCAUCGUUCUUCCACCACUCCACCACUUUCCCCAAUUCACCUUCCCGUUCCUCCAUUUUCACAAUCCCCAAAACUGCUCAUAAGAGCUAUAGCAGAAGAUUCGUCCUUCAGGCCUCCGUCAAUGGCAAUUCUAAGUCGAACCCAUUAAUCUCUACUCUCAAAUCCGCCGGUGUUGCUGUUGUUUUCGCCGCUGUGGCCUUAGGGAAGUUUCCGGUCGGAACCUCAUUUGCAAGAGCUGAAACCCCACCAGCUGCUGUAAUGGAAGAGCAACAGCAAGAAGAAGAAGAGGAAGGUUCACCACUGACCCAGUUCUUAGAAUCCAGUCCUGAAGCUAUUGAAGCCCUAAAAAACCUCCUCCAGGAAAAAUUGGAAUCAGGGGAGGACGAGGAGAGUCUGAAAAUACUGAAGAAGUUGUCGUCUGCUCAGCCGGAGAAUACCGAAUGGAAAUUCUUAACGGCGAGGCUGUUGAACGAAAUGGGGAAGCUUGAAGAUGCAAGGGAAGUUUUCGAAGAGAUUUUAUCAAAAACCCCUCUUUCGUUCGAGGCGUUGUUUGAGAAUGCAUUGUUGAUGGAUAGGUGUGGUGAGGGGGUGAAGGUGAUUCAGAGGUUAGAGGAGGCAUUGAGGUUAGCUGAGGAAGAGAGCAAAGUGAAGGAAAGUAGGGAUAUUCGGUUUAUAAUGGCACAAGUACAGUUCUUGCAGAAGAAUGUUGAGGAAGCAUUGAGGAGCUACGACGAGCUUGAGAAGGAGGACCCUAAAGAUUUCAGGCCAUAUUUCUGCAGAGGAAUGAUUUACAGUUUGCUUGACAGGAAUAAAGAGGCUAGAGAGCAAUUCGCCAAGUAUCGCGAGCUUUCCCCUAAAAAGUUCGAGGUGGAAGGUUAUCUGAGAACAGCUUUGUCCCGGAUGAAACUCUUUGGAACUGAUGAAAAAGAGAGUUGAAUUCGAUGAUAUGUAGUUUAUGGUAGUUCAGAUUCUGAGCUUUUAAGCAGCAAACCAAAGUUUCGAGGAAGGUGGAAGCUUUAACUUGGUAUACAUUACUUAUUCUUGAACUGUGUCUAAUAUAAGAUGAAGAUAGAUUAGACAAUGAAUUAAAAGAAUAAUUGCUAGAGUCUAGCUACAUUCUUGACGGAUUCAUAUAUGUAUCUCGAAUCAGCAGGUGAUUUCUGCUUAGACUCUUGACUUAACAGUUAAAUCAAUUUAUAUUACUUUCCCUUUCAUGGCAUGUUCUUGUGAUUAGCUAGAUGAAGUUUAUUUUUGUAUCUCGUACCGAGGUUUCUUUUUAUCCUUAUGGGAGAGAAAGUCAGCAGGAAAGUUUUGUGCUUUAUCUUGCUUUGCUAAGAUGAGUACACUUUAAUUGAUAUAUGUUGAUGUAUAUGAAACCAAACUUUUAUACCAAGGGUGUGGCCGUUGAUGAAGUUGGAACGAAGACCAUGCAGAACAGAAUUUGAAUUCCAGUAGAGGUAGAAAGUUAUGCGAUUUAUUCCCUCCCGGACAGGAUUACUAGUACAUGUAAUAGUGUAAGGAUGCAGGUAUUGUAGAACAGUGGACGUGUGCACAAGGUGGUUUGGACACCUAUAUUAUCAGG